AUGGCGGGCAAGAAAAAAGCAUUCUGGUUUCUUCUUCUCUUUGUUUCAGAACUUUUAGCUGCUGAGGAAUCAAAGCAGCCAAAGCUUGGAACUGUGGUUGGAAUUGAUCUCGGAACUACAUAUUCUUGCGUGUGUGCCUAUCGAAAUGGUCAAGCUGAGAUCAUAGCGAAUGAUCAAGGAAACAGAACCGCACAAUCUUUGGUGUUAAGCGACUCAUUGGAAGAAAGUUCAGAAAGAUAUGAAGAUGGUGCCUUACAAGCUGUGAACAAAGAUGGUAAGCCUUUCAUCCAAGUAAAGAUCAAGGAUGAUGUGGUCAAGCAGUUUAGUCCUGAGGAAAUCAGUGCUUUGAUUUUGGGAAAGAUGAAGGAGACAGCGGAGUCCUACUUGGGAAAGAAAAUCAAGGACGUCGUUAUCACUGUCCCUGCUUACUUUAACGAUGCACAGAGACAGGCCACCAAGGAUGCAGGCGCCAUUGCUGGGCUCAAUGUGGCUAGGAUGAUUAAUGAACCAACCGCGGCAGCAAUCUCCUAUGGUUUGGACAAGAAAGGAGGAGAGAACAUUUUGUUUUUGACCUUGGUGGCGGUACAUUUGAUGUCAGCGUGUUGUCCCUAG